AGUCGGCAAGAAUGAUAGUCUAGUACGUGUCACGUUCUCGUAUACGUGAUCUUACCCUGCAGGACCUAGCUGUCAUGGGCUCGUCCGACGUGAUCGCCGAGGGUUCCUACCCAGCUCCUCGGCAAUGGCUAGAUGUCCCCGCAACAAAGGACUACUCGCUUGUGUUUCCUAUAGACAGGUCGAAACACAAAGUCUUACUUGGGCUCAAGAAGCGAGGCUUCGCCAAAGGAAUGUGGAACGGGUUCGGCGGGAAACCUGAGCAAGGGGAGACGAUGCUCCGAUGCGCAACACGAGAGUUGACCGAAGAAUCAGGCCUCAUCCCUACUCGAUUGAUCGAAAGGGGCACGCUCCUGUAUUACUCGCAAAACGCCCUCAUACGAGAAGGAGGGGACCACGCCGUAAGGGUCUGGUUGUACACUUGUGAAACAUGGACAGACGAACCCAUCGAAACAGAAGAGAUGCAACCUGGAUGGUUCUCCUUCCCUGAGACGCUUUCCCAACCGUUCGAUGCUCUCCCGUGGACCGAGAUGCACCUGGAAUCCAGACUGUUCCUCCCUACCUUGCUCCUCCUCGCUCCCGAUCUCGGCCAAACCCUGUCCGGCCGAGCGGAUUUUUACCCCUGCGACCCAGACUCCCAGCUCGUUCGGAACUUGACGGCCAAGGGCGAGAAGUUGGACUUGAGCAAGAAGACGGUCCUUGGAGACUGGGUGAUGGGGAGGUGGGUGUUUCGGGUCGAGUCCGCCAGUGGUGAAGAUGAAAGUCAAGGAAUUUGAGGUGAACAGGGCGGAUCUUGACCGACAAGAACGAUCGCUUGUCGGA